GGUGAAGAAAGGACAAGCUGUCAGUGGGUGCAGGCUGGCUUUCUAACAGGUGGACAAGCUGGUGAAAAUUUAUUAAAAUACGUAUGUAUCGGACAUGCUGAGAUUGGACAGAUCUAACAGACCCAGGAAACUCAUUCUUGAGUUGCUGCUCUAGAGGAUUACCGAACAAGAUUAGAGAGCAAAAAAGUGCAUAGUACCAUCUGUUCACAGACGUGACGGACCAAAUGUAAUCAAAACUGGAAUCCUAAAUGAACUAGUUAAUGAGAGUCCUGAAUGGUGAGCUAUGGCAAGUCCAUGGAAUCAUGGGAUUGCACCUUGCUGUGUCAUAAUAAUGCAAAUAUGUGCUGCUGUCUUUUUUUGUAAGCUUCGAAGCCUUGGCAGAUGACCAGUCAAAAUGUGGAAGUGUGUAUGGAUUUUUACCUUGUGCAUGGCCAGUGUUUUUGCUCUGAGUACUGAUGAUGCUAACUGGGUCCCCAGACUACGAGAGCUGGACAAAUUUAAUGAAGCACUUGAGGAACGAGGACUCCUGCGACGACGGAAACAAAACCUUCCUCUGUCCAACGGAGUGCAAUUCUGUUCCCAGGAGAAGCUACAACAAGCUAUAGCCAGCCAUUUCAAAUAUUACCAGCUGAGAGCGUGCCAGGAGAUAGUAUGGGAAGCUUUUAAGAUUUUCUUGUACCGCCUACCUGUAGAGGAUGAAUACCAGCACUGGAUGAGGCAAUGCCAGACCGGGACAAUCAGUGCGAGGGAGAUUGGCAUUACAUUCAGCCAAUCCGAAGAACAUCUUAAAGCAAUGAUGCAUAAGCUGGUUCAACCUGGGCUGAAAAAUGACACAACCAAGACCCAUUUGUGCAGGCAUCUAUGUGACCCAUCCAAAGAGCAGGACAUCAGCCCUUCAGAUGGGUCGGGGGAUAAUCUGAAAACAAAGAUCAGGUUAGACAUGGAUGGAGUGAGCUUAAGGCUGGCACCAGGCUCAUCUGGCACCACCAUUUCAGAGAAGCACAAUGAGUUCAGUUGUAACAUAGAGCCUAUGGCUGUGCUGAUACAUCCAACAGUGGAAAAUAGAAUGAAUCUCACUGCGAUACUGAAAGAAGAGCGAUGGAGAGAACAGCUCUCAAACCCAACCAGCAGCCAAUAUUACACACUCUCUCAGCAGUUUAGUGAGAAGGUUUCAGCUGCACUGGAGAAGCUCAAUGAAUUCAAGAGUGUAUCUAUACAGGACUUCAGGCCUCAUAUGGAUCCUUCUGGUAGGGAGUCUGUAUUGGUGAACUAUGCUGUGUCUCUUAUCACAAGGGCCCAGGAGAUCAGCAGUGAAACUCUUAACUUCAUCACCAUGCAUUUGAAUAUAGUAGAGGGCAACAAUAUUGAAUCAGAGAAACCCACUGUUCUGUACACAGUGGCUGACAUGCAUGUCUACAUCACAGAGGCCCCUUCAGAGAACACAUCUCCAGAGGAAGCCCAACAUACAAAGGGACCAAAACAACUGGAGAUAAUGCAUGAGACACAAACUACAACAAAGACACAAGAUUAUCCUAUAGUCGGAAUGGAAGAGGAUUCAAGUUUAUCUGAGGAAAUUUAUAUGGGAGUGAUUGAUGUCACUGUACAGCAACAACUUACUGAGCAGACCAGCAUUUCAAAAGAUGCAAAGGUGAAGGAAGAUCUUCUAUACAGUACUUUUGAAGCUCAGCCAAGUGUGACUCCUACUGUGACCUUCACCCAAGCUGCAGGCCCCACACAUGCUGUUUCUGAUAAUAAGACCUAUCAGAGAGAUGACAUUCUUGAAAAUAAUCUGUCAAAAGAUAAUGAAAAAAGCAUUGGAAAAAUGGAUGAAGACACAUCUGUUUUAACUGACAGAUCUCUGGCAGAAGAUUAUAAAUUUUCCAUUGUAACUGAGUAUGUAGAAGAACCCCUUUCAACGCCUUGUCCCAUACCAGCCAUAGGGACAACAGAAUCAUCAGAGGAAAAAGACAAAUUUACAGAGACAACCAAUGGAGAAAUAACUUUAGAGAAGAAGGAGCUUGUGAUGCAUGUUCAGAAAGAGAAAGCUGUGAAAGGAGAUCCUGAGGUUCCUACACAAACAGAAAUCAAGGUCAUGGAAGUGACUGUGGCCUCUAAAGAAAUAAAAAAGCCUGUUACUCUGGCAGGAAUAAAAGUUAAAGUGAAUGAUGCUGUGAAUGAUGAAAGAGAACAUUUUGAUGUUUCCAUAGUGAUGGAGGGAGAUAUGCCUGCUGUGGAAACAAUUACACCAUCUUUUCAGACUCCAGAAAUGGAGAUCACCACAGAACCUUGUCCUGUUCACUCCAUACAUCUAUCUCCAGAGUUUGAGCCCACCAUGCCUACAGACAUCACAAUUUCUGUUCAUAUACCAACUAGAAAAGAAGAGGAAAGUGAAAUUGCCAUGCCUACUAGCCCUGGGCAUGUUCUGAUCGUGUUCUUUAGUCUUCGGGUGACCAACAUGAUAUUCACAGAAGAUUUGUUUAAUAAAAGUUCUCCAGAGUACAAAGCCCUGGAGCAGAGGUUCCUUGAGUUGCUGGUUCCUUACUUGCAGUCAAACCUCAGUGACUUUCAGAAUCUGGAGAUACUAAACUUCAGGAAUGGCAGCAUCGUGGUGAACAGCCGUGUAAAGUUUGGGAAACCGGUUCCUCACGGUGUCACCACAGCUGUCUAUGUUAUCCUAGAGGACUUCUGUAACACAGCAUACCAGACCAUGAAUCUGGCAAUAGACAAAUACUCACUAGAUGUGGAGUCAGGCGAUCAGGCAGACCCGUGCAAAUUCCAGGCAUGCAAUGAGUUUGCGGAAUGUACCGUGAACCGCUGGUCCAGUGAGGCAGUGUGUGUGUGUAACCCAGGCUACUUCAGCAUUGAUGGCUUGCCUUGUCAGAGCAUCUGUGAAAUACAGGGAGAUUUUUGCCUUAAUGAAGGCAAGUGUGACAUUGUUCCAGGUCGAGGAGCCAUCUGCAGGUGUCGAGUAGGGAAGAACUGGUGGUAUCGAGGAGAGCAUUGUGAGGAGUAUGUAUCAGAGCUGCUGGUGGUAGGGCUUGCUAUAGCAUCAGUCACUGGCUUCCUGCUGUUGGCUUUAGCAAUCAUCUUCUUCCUAGCUAGGGCCCUGAGAAACCAAUAUGAUGAUGAGCUGCAGGACACUGUGAGGGGAGGAGACAGUGUUGCUUCUCUGGAAUGGGCUACAAAGUACAAUCCCAUGUAUGAGAGUGAUGCGACGACUGGUUACAGUCAUUACUACCGGCGGUAUCCUGAACCUCCGAUCCACAGCAGCGCGAGCGCCGAGGCCUCCACAGACUUUAGCAGUGAGGAGAUCCAGCACGUCUAUGAGAACAGUCAACUCACCAAAGAGGAGAUUCAGGACCGGAUUCGCAUUAUUGAGCUUUAUGCUAAAGAUCGUCAGUUUGUAAAACUUGCGAAGCAGCAUCAAGUUUUGGCAGAUACUCCAAGUGAGACUUCAUCAAUGUAAAAAGGACACACACCUUGUAGCCUGUUACACACAACAAGGUAUUUAGUAAAAAGUCUCCAUGUUCGUUUAACACCUUAAUUAUUUGUCAUUUUAGACCUGUUGACAGUAACUAAAUCUUCUGUUUAUUGCCAUUUUAGAAUUUUUUUUGUAGAAUCCAUGAUAAACAUUUAGCUCACUGAUGUAUGAGGUUUGUAAUGCCUUGCGUAAAAGUACAACUUCACUGCUCCCCUUUAACAUUUCUACUUUAAUAAAAGUACUUACUUUUGAGUGGAUGCAUGUACCAAAAAAUAAAAGUACUGAUCUGAUCAUUAAUGCAACCCAAUAUUCCUUUAUAAUUGCAAACACACAGUGAGAGAACCUUCACUUCAUGCACUCUUACCAGAACCUGUGGUCUUGAGACAGGUUCUCAUUUAUCUGUUUUAUUUGAAAGUAGAAAUGAAUGGCAUAUGUUUCUGAAAAGUAGUGAAGUAAAAAGUAGAAUAAUACUUUAAAAUGUUGUAAAGUAAAUGUUUCCCCAAUACAAAAAUGCUCAAAGUAUAUACAAACUUGAAAACUGCAUUUAAGUGCAGUAAACAAAAUACUGCCGAUCAAUGCUAGCUUUCCUUUUAAUCUAUAUCACAUUGAUCUAAAUGUUUAUCAUAUGGCAUGAUCAAAUUCUAAUAUGUGCCUUAUUGACUUUGCUGUAAUGGGGUUGAUAAUCAUUUACUAGAGUUCUGAAAUAUGACCCUGGCCCAAGAUAUUCACUUCCUGAAAACUUAAAGUGUUAUAUUUGAAGGCUUUUAAUGUCAAACUGUGAUUUUAAUAAACCAUCAUUGUAUGUCCAACAAACACUAGGAAAUAUCGUGUGUAAUAUACAGGUGCAUCUCAAUAAAUUAGAUUGUCAUGGAAAAGU